GUAGGCAGUCAAUAAUAUUUCAAGUCUAGACAUCAAAGCACCGGUUAUUUGCUUGAAAAUUCCCAGUACCAUAUAUGGCCGAUUCAGAGGCCCCCAAUUUGAUCGAAUACAAGGUCGGUCGCAUGAUCCUGCUGGGCAAGAUGAUCGAGCCUGAUGACCGCAAGGGCCUGCUCUUUGUGCGCCGAUCCGCCGGUGAUAAUCAGGUGCACAUCAACUGGAUGGACCGGAAAACCGGGGCCAUUGAGUUGGACAUUCUGGCCACGCCGGGCGACCUCGAGUUCCGCCGCAUUGAUCAAUGCAAAACGGGUCGAGUGUAUGCCCUCAAAUACACCCGAUCCACGCAGCGUUAUUUCUUUUGGAUGCAAGAGCCCCAGGCGGACAAAGAUGCAGAGUUUUGUCAACGGCUCAACGAACUCAUAGCCACUGGUGCUAGGAAAUGGGAUGAAAGUGCGGCGGCUGAAGGAGAUGUCGAUACGGAUGUGGAGCAAGAAAAUAGACAUCAGCGUGGUUUCGGUGGCAGUGAAAAUUUGCAGGUUCUCGACGAAAUGCGUCAAAUGCUGAAAAACAGUUUGGCCCCAAAGCCAGAAACUUGGCCCCAAACUAACAAGACAGACGAAGAAGAAGCAGUUGCACCCAUGGCAUUUCAAGAUCCCGAUGCAGAGAUAUUAGAUUUGGCAACAGUUUUACGUUUUUACGGUGCCGAAGCAGUGGAAAAUCUUCUUAUGUCCCCCAGGAGACGUGAAAAACUCUUGGCUCAACUACCCAGAGAUCCUGACGUAGAGGAAAUGAAUAAGCGGGGAAAUUCUUGUUAUUAUGAAAGCCAGAUAAUACUCGACCAUCUGCGUUCCCCACAAUUCUACGAAACCUUGUCCUACUUUUCUCUAGGCCUGCACUCUGGUGUUCCCAGAUCGGUACUGCAACCCGUGCUCAAUAACCAUGACCAUCGCGAAGCCUUGGAUGCUGCCCAAUCUGGGGAUAUUGAGCGUUUUCUACGUGUCCUGCAUCGGAACGAAAGAGAUUACAAUGGUCCAACCGAUUGAGCCGGAGUGUCUCAUAAAUAAGUCAAAAUACAGAAAAAUAAAUAUCAGUGUAUAUAAAGAAAAAAUUGAAGAAAAACCGUACAGAAUGCAAUAACUGGUUCGCUCCUUGGCCCAUCGCCUCGUCUCGAGUUACGAAGAUAAAUGAGAUGCCAUAAGUUAGACGACAACUUGCACAACUCCAGACAAAGACCAAGCGGAUAAAAGUGUGCUUGUGCUCAACAAAAAAAAAAUAAGAAAAAAAAAUGCCCAAGAAAAAGGCAUACUAAAAAUUGAUAUAAAAUACACCAAAUACAAAAAAACGCAAAAAGAAA